AGCGGGAUCGUCAGUGCCCGCAGGAAUCAGGACGCGCCCGCGUCCGUGCCUACCUGAGCGUAAAGCAGUGUCGCAGCGACGGCCGGCGAAACAUCGAGUACGACGUGUGUGCGGGCGCCCCCGGCCGCCCAUCUUCAAAAAACAUGCUCGUACCCGCCGACAUGUUAGCGGCGCAGUCCAAGAUGCUCUACCAGAUUAAUAAAUACUACGGCGAGCGUGUGCAGACGCGCAUGGGCACGAUCGCGAAGACCAUCCGCGAGGUGUGCAAGGUGGUGCAAGAUGUGCUCAAGGAGGUUGAAGUGCAAGAACCGCGCUUCAUCUCAUCGCUCACCGAAUGCAACGGCCGUUACGAGGGAUUGGAAGUGAUCUCACCCGGCGAAUUUGAGGUGGUGUUGUAUCUCAAUCAAAUGGGCGUUUUUAAUUUCGUAGAUGACGGCACGCUGCCCGGUUGUGCCGUGUUGAAAUUGAGCGACGGUCGGAAGCGUUCCAUGUCGUUGUGGGUGGAGUUCAUCACCGCUUCGGGGUAUCUUUCGGCGCGUAAGAUCCGCUCGAGGUUUCAAACGCUAGUGGCGCAAGCUUGUGAUAAAUGUUCCUAUCGUGAUUCGGUGAAGAUGAUCGCCGACACCACCGAAGUAAAGCUAAGAAUCCGCGAACGCUUCGUUGUGCAAAUUACACCGGCGUUCAAAUGUUCCGGAGUAUGGCCCAGAUCGGCAGCGCACUGGCCCAUACCGCAUAUUCCAUGGCCGCACCCAAAUCAUGUCGCUGAAGUAAAAACCGAAGGGUUUGAUCUGCUCUCCAAGGAAAGUAUUGCAAUGCAAGGAAAACAAUCAGCAAUGGAAGGAGAUGCCUGGGUGUUAUCCUUCUUAGAAGCGGAAAACCGUCUUUUACAAGGUGGGUGCCGAAGGAGAUGUCUCAGUAUCCUCAAAACGCUUCGAGAUAGACACCUGGACCUGCCCGGGAAUCCAGUGACAAGUUAUCACAUGAAAACCCUACUACUCUACGAGUGUGAAAAACAUCCCAGGGAAGCCGAAUGGGACGAGUCCUGUAUUGGGGACCGCAUCAACGGAAUCUACCUGCAGCUCAUCUCAUGUCUACAGUGCCGACGGUGUCCGCACUAUUUCUUGCCAAACUUGGAUUUGUUCAAGGGAAAAUCUCCGAGUGCGUUGGAGAAUGCCGCGAAGCAAGUGUGGCGCCUAACUCGUGAAAUGCUCACCAACACAAGGUGCUUGGAAAAAUUGUAAUAUCGCAAAGCCAAUGCUACAUUCAGACGCCAUUCCUAUUAUAUCAUAUACCUAAGUAUCUAGAUACUUUGUAGGUUUGUUGUGUUUUCAACUUUGUAUUAUGACUCAUCUCUUGCAAGUGCCAUAAUAUCACGUGGUGAUUAUUUUGCUGACUGAAUCGAUGCUUUAAUUAUUAAGUAAUUAUUUAUUUCACAUGUUUUAUUAUCUUUGUAAAUAUUUUUGUAUGAUUGUUUUAUUUACCUAUAUAUUUAUGUGCAAUUAAUUAAAUUACUUCGAGUUGUUGAGUGUGUGCGUAAUAAAAACGAGUAUAUGAUCUAAAA